AUGUUUCACCUUGCAUCAUCCUUAUAUACCCAAUACACCAAGCGAGAGCAAUACAAUGUGUUGAUAUUGGGGCUCGACAACGCCGGUAAAACGACGUUUCUAGAACAUAUCAAGCUAUUAUAUCCAACGUCAACCGAAACAAAAGCCAAAAAUACUGAUAAGGAACCCAAGACACUGACAAUUGAUAUAUUGAAGAAUAAAAAAAUCUUACCCACGGUUGGUCAAAACACCACGACAAUCAAAUUUGAAUCAUCGAGUGAAUCCGAAACAACCAAUACAGCAUCUGCAUCAAAUAAUCAAUUCAAUAAUAUAAAUCUAAAGUUUUGGGAUUUAGGAGGUCAAAAAUCUUUGAGAAGUAUGUGGUCAAGGUAUUUCCGAUCUUGUCAUGGUAUAAUAUUUAUAAUUGACUCUACUGAUACUGAAAGAUUUCAAGAAUGUUAUGAAACUUUAAUGGAAAUUGCUCACGACGAACUGUGGUUUGUUGAUAGUAAUAACAAUAAUCUUUUAAACGUUCCAAUCUUAAUGUUGGCCAACAAACAGGACUUACCCCAAGCAGUUGAUUUGGUCAGCUUGAAAACUGGUGUUUUCAUUCAAGUAGUAAGUGAAUUAGAAGCAACCGAUCUGAAAUUACUACCAGUAAGUGUUUUAAACAACCAAGGUCUAACCGAAAGCUUGGAGUGGUUGGUGUCCCGUUUAAUCUACAAUAAAGCCAAUAAAAUGCCCGAGUAUAAAUAA